UUAUUUGUGUGAAAAAUGAAAUUGUACUGUCUGUCUGGUCAUCCUACAUUGCCCUGCAAUGUCCUCAAGUUCAAAUCCACCACCAUCAUGUUGGACUGUGGACUGGACACCACCUCUGUCCUCAACUUCUUGCCCCUUCCUCUAGUGCACAGCCCAAGACUAUCCAAGCUGCCUGGCUGGGUCUCUAAGGAUGGAACUGUAAGCUUGGAGAAGGAGCUGAAGGAGUGUGCAGGAAGGGUGUUUGUGGACUCACAGCCUGAGUUCUGUCUCCCUGAGAGAGAACUGCUGGAUCUGUCUACCAUUGAUGUCAUCCUGAUCUCCAACUACCACUGUAUGAUGGCCCUGCCGUACAUCACUGAACACACAGGUUUCACAGGGACAGUUUAUGCCACAGAACCCACCCUGCAGAUUGGCAGGCUACUGAUGGAAGAGUUAGUGAACUUCAUGGAGAGAGUUCCCAAAGCCCAGUCUGCCACCCGCUGGAAAAAUAAGGAAAUACAAAGGAGUCUUCCAGGCCCACUGAAGGAUGCGGUGGAUGUGUGGACGUGGAAGCGAUGCUACAGUAUGCAGGAGGUGAACUCUGCCCUCAGCAAAGUGCAACUUGUGGGUUAUUCACAGAAAGUGGAGUUGUUUGGAGCUGUACAGAUUUCCCCCUUAAGUUCUGGCUACUCGUUGGGAAGCUCGAACUGGAUUAUUCAGUCUCAUCAUGAGAAAGUGUCGUAUGUGUCAGGUUCAUCCCUGCUCACCACACAUCCACAGCCGAUGGACCAGAGUUCCCUGAAGAACAGUGAUGUUCUGAUUCUGACAGGCCUCACCCAGAUGCCCACCGCCAACCCAGACGGCAUGCUGGGAGAAUUCUGCAGUAAUCUGGCCAUGACCAUUCGUGCAGGAGGCAAUGUGCUGGUGCCGUGUUACUCGUCAGGAGUGAUAUACGACCUGCUGGAGUGUCUGUACCAGUUCAUUGAGAGUGCCAGUCUGGGGACCACACCCUUCUACUUCAUCUCACCCGUCGCCAACAGCUCGCUGGAGUUCUCUCAGAUCUUUGCUGAGUGGCUUUGUCAUAACAAGCAAACAAAGGUGUAUCUCCCAGAGCCUCCGUUUCCUCAUGCAGAGCUGAUCCAAACCAACAAGCUGAAGCACUAUCCCAGUAUUCACGGAGACUUCAGCAGUGAGUUCCGUCAGCCGUGUGUGGUUUUCACCGGUCACCCCUCUCUGCGAUUUGGGGACGUGGUUCACUUCAUGGAGCUGUGGGGCAAAUCCAGCCUCAACACCAUCAUCUUUACUGAGCCAGACUUCUCCUACCUUGAUGCCCUGGCUCCCUACCAGCCUCUGGCUAUGAAGUGUGUUUACUGUCCCAUUGACACACGGCUCAACUUCCACCAAGUAUCAAAGCUGCUCAAGGAAGUCCAGCCUCUCCAUGUGGUGUGUCCAGAGCAGUACACCCAGCCUCCACUCACCCAGUCCCACCGCUCUGAUCUGAUGCUGGAGCUGCAGCCCCCUCCUAUGCCCUACAGACGCUGCUCUGUACUCAACCUGCCCUUCAGACGCCGCUAUGAACGUGUCUACAUACUGCCUGAGCUGGCCAACUCCCUGGUGCCCUCUGAGAUUAAACCUGGCGUCUCCGUGGCAACUGUGUCUGCCGUGCUACACUCCAAGGACAACAAGCACACACUGCAGUCGGUGCCCAAACCCCCACCGGUGCCCCCCAGCAAGAAGAGGAAGCGAGUUAUGGAGGAGCCACCAGUGGUGCUGGCCCCCAAGCCCCUUCUGAGUGGAGCUGUGCCACUGGAAGCUUUCCUGGCCACGUUACAAAAGCAUGGAAUCACAGAGGUGAAAGUGGAGGAGACAGCAGACGGACACAUCCUGCACCUACAGGCAGAGGACACCCUGAUUCAGCUGGAGGAGGACGGGACGCACAUCGUCUGUGACAACAACGAGCCGCUGCGUACCACACUGAGGGACCUGGUGCUGCGCUUCCUGCAGAAACUCUGAGCUGAAUCCUCUUCACACCUUCCUUUUGUGUGUGUGACAGCAGCAGAAACAACAUGAGAGAAGAGCUGUGGCCUCCACUGCCUCCACCUCAGUCACAUUUAACACUGGAACAUUUACAAUAGUUUUAUUGUCAAGUCCAGUUAUGUUUUGUAAAAUACUAUUUUGUAUCAAAAGAUUUUUUUUUUUUCAAGAAAUGAUAAACACCUUCUCAGUGAAUCUGUUCUUUCUGCAGCCU